GCCAACAUCUUAUCUUAAUGCCCAAAACAUCUUCAAACAUUUUUCAAUUUCAGCUCGAAUAGAAGUUAUCUCGAACGCAUUUUCGCCAAACCGCCAGGGGAUAUGGUGACGCUUGUAGUGGCGACCACCGCUGACCCGGCUUCAAUUGGCCCCGCUUCCGCCCUCUUGGCAAUGCCCGGUUUUCACCCGGGUCCUACCUUCCAGAAUAUAUCGAGUUUUGUGAAUAAGGAACUAAGGCUCUUGAAGCAUGACAACCCAAUUGUCUUGGAAGAUCAUUUGGACAGAAGAUGGGAAUCCGUAACAGGUGAAACAGUCGAUGAGGUCAUCUUCCUUAGUAAGCACACUGCUGUCUCAAACCGUCCUGCGCUCACAGUUCAUCCAAUUGGAGUGCCUCAUUUGCGAGAAGAUGAGGUGCCACCUGCUGGUGGAAAAUCUGGUUGGGCUGCACCUCCUAACCCCCGUAUAGGACCAUGGCUCAGGCUGUUGAAGAGCAUUGCUGAAUCAUUUUCUCUAUUGCCUGAAUUUGAGGUGACUUUGGAGGCUACCCAUCACGGACCUGAAAUAAACUCACCAACCAUGUUUGUGGAGAUAGGAAGUACAGAAGAACAAUGGAAGAGGCAGGAUGCUGCACAAGCCAUUGCUUUAUUAGUUUGGGAAGGUUUAGGACUGGGUGGAGGAGCUGCAGUAGGGCACUGGAGUAGGAAGAACUACCAAAAUAAGGUCCUUCUUGGAAUUGGUGGUGGACAUUAUGUACCAAGGCAUAUGGACAUUGUCAUGAAAGAUGGUGUGUGGGUAGGUCACCUUCUGUCUGGGUAUUCAUUGACAAUGGAAGAAGAAGAUGUUCAUAAAUCUGAAGGAAAAACAAGCACAGACUCUGUAGGUGGGACUUGGAGACAAGCUAUCAAAGUUGCACUUGAGACUACUAAAUCAGCAUUCCCUGGGGGAGAAGUUUUAGCACAUCUUGACAAGAAGAGUUUGAAAGGUUGGCAAAAACAGGCAAUCACAAAGUUCCUAGUGGAGCUGAAUGUGAAUAUUGGAAAGCCUUCUGAUUUCUACUGAUUGUUCUUGUUUUGUGUAUAGUUAAGUGUUUUUUCAUUGGUGUUCCCAUUAUUAAAUUUCUUAUUUUGUUACUUAUGAAACCAAAGGAAUUUGAUUUUCUGAAAGAUGGGUUUUAUUGUCAA